CUCUACCCAUUAUGGGUUAUUUUUAUGGAAUUUGGGUUAUUUUGUGCAACUCAUGCGUUGAGUCAAAAUCCAUCAACCCAACUUAUAUCGGUUAACCCAGCACGUGGGUUGUUUGUGCUUCGAACCUCAUCAUCACCAGAGUCCACACACCGAGCGCUCGUCACAGCAGAGAACCUGACUGCUCAUGCAGCGAGGCCAAUAAAUAAUAAAAGGUAUGUGUACACUACAUGUCUAAUUCACUUUGUCUGUGUUGCAUUACAAAUUAAAGUAGUAUCUUUAUAUUGUCGAGGCUAGUUGGUUGGUUUGGCUAACGUUAGCCAUUAUCAUGGAAGCACGGAUAGCCUACAGCUUAUCCGUUUGGUCUGAAUUAUAGUAAUGAAUUAAAUUAACAAGUUCAUAAUGCCCAUGGGCAUAUAGUCAUGUUUAUUGAAUUCGCCAGGCUAAUUUGCCAGCUAGUUUCAAGCUUAACUAGUUUACUAGCCAACAGGCUGUCAGUUAGUUGCUUUGCUAGCUAUAUUAUUUUAACUGGCUAUAAACGAACGUGCUUGUUUUUCCUGAAGCUUUUAAUGUGACAUGUGAAGGCAUAGCACAGUGUUUGACUGAUUAAAAUAUGUAAAAACAGUGAGAUAAUCUGAUACGUCUUGUUAUGUAGUGACCAAAUUGAAAUUCUUAUUUAAAAUGGCGGCCUGGCCACUUGAGUGAAGGGUUGAUGUGACACCACAAAGUAUGUGCACAUUUUGUGUAAAGGUGUUAUACUUUAAGCAAAAGUUUAUUUUUAUUCAUGUGAAUUGUGAGAGAUAUGGGACUUGAAAGUAAAUCAGUACAGGGUUAGUCUAGAAUAGUCUGUUGUGGUGAGAAACCAGGACUCUUAUUUUGAAAACUGAAAGGAGGACUCUGAUAUAGGAGCUGUGUGCGCGCCCGCGCCUUUACAUCUGAGCAACUGGUGCGACGUGACACGGACGUUUCCUCAUCAAAUUUUCCUUGUUGUUUUGCAGAUAUCAAAAAGGCAUCAGGUUUGGUUUGAAAGACUCCUCAAGCAGUGGCAGCGAAAUAUGGUACACCCCAGGACGGAGCCAACGGCCAGCUACUGGAUUCCUGGAGGAAAGGCUGCAGAAUGUCAGGAAGCGGCUGAGAUCAACCAGCAAGUCGCGGAGCAUGGCACAGACGACGACACCACAAAUGCCAAAUGAUGGCGCUCUUGCCAGGGCUCUCAUACCAGAAUGUACCAUAUCAGACGAACAGUUUAAAUAAUGGUUGAGAAACAAUUCUCAGCCCCUCAGCCAGAUAGAGACCUACAUGCAGAACACAGCAGUCUACAGGGCCAAGAGGAUUAGGGACAACAAUUGGACCAUCGAUCAGAUCCUCGAAGAGUUCCCUCGCUCAAUGACCAAAGGCAUGAUUGCACAGGACUUUCUUGUCCUACAUGGGGAUGCUGCAUCAAAGUUGUUUGAAACUUGGCUACCCAUUUGUGUUGAGAAGACCCUGUACCUGGCAAGACAGGAGGGGAAGCUGACAUUGCCCUUGGAUGGAUUAACACCAGAUGGUGUUGGGGAACUCGCCCUGAGGCAGUUGCCAGCCUUGCUUCCACCUACAACUUACAAAGUUGGCCGUGGCUGCGGUGUGAAAGUAGUUCGCCACACCAUUCAGGAAUGCAGCUUGGCCUUCAUCGACCAUAAGCCUCCUGGAAUAAACAUGGUGGAGUACCUCCAUGAGGCCAAGGCAUGCAAGCCGUACCCCCACAUCCUGACGCUGGGAAAUGAUCAGAGUGCAUUUCAGGCCUUCGUCAUAAUAGCUGGACAGGCCCUGGAACUAGAAACACUGCUUCAGGCCAUUGAUGUCUGCUUCAAGGCAUUCUUUGUCUUUGACAUCGAAUACCCAAAGCAGUGUGAACGUGUGGGAAUUCAUACAGAAUGUGAUAUAUGAAAUCCAAGGAAGGGAGUCUAAAAUUAAGUUUAUUAAAACUAGAAUACUUGCUUGCAAGUAGAGAUAAUGGCUCUUAAAAGCAGCAUUUAGGAAUUUGAAUUUAUUAACUAUAGAGCUGCUGACUUUUGGCCUGUGGAAUGUUCAGCCAGUUCAAUCGAAAUUGUUGUUUUGCUCUGAAUGUUUUCCAAACUGAGUGAACUGCACCAACUGCAGUUCCACUAUAUUGUCGAUAUUAAUGUAAUAAAUUUUUUCAAAGAUUC